AUGGAUCUGGUGAACGGCGUGCUCAACUGGGUGGGGACGCCGGCCAUGGUGGCCAGCCUGCUGCUCUUCUACCCGCCCUACUACCUCUUCAAGACCUGCUACUCCUUCCUCUCCUGGCUCUUCCCCGAGGACCUCACCGGCAAGGUUGUGCUCAUCACCGGAGCUUCCUCCAGCAUCGGCGAGCAAUUGGCCUACCAAUACGCGCUGAAGCGGGCCUCCCUCGCCCUCGUCGCAAGAAGGGAGUCGAGCCUCCAGCAGGUCGCCGACCGAGCACUCGAGCUCGGCGCGCGUGACGUCAUCGUCCUCCCGGGCGACGUCUCUGCCCCCGAUGACUGCAACAGAUUUGUUCAGACCGCGAUCAGUCACUACGACCGAUUGGACCAUCUCGUGUGCAAUGCUGGCAUCGCAAGCGUAGGCGCGUUUCAGGAGAUUCCAGACGUCACAAAAUACAGCUCUCAGCUUGAUAUCAACUUCUGGGGUUCUGUUCAGACGACGUUCGCUGCCCUUCCUCAUCUGAAGAGGAGCCGAGGAAGAAUCGUGGUGACUGCAUCUGCAACCGGAUGGAACCCAGUUCCUAGAAUGAGCUUCUAUAAUGCUGCCAAUGCUGCCCUCAUAAACUUCUUCGAGACGCUGCAGACCGAGCUGGGAAGCCAAGUCGGGAUCACGGUGGUGACGCCCGGGUGGAUCGAGUCCGAGAUGUCCAAAGGGAAGUACCUCAAGGAGCAUGGCGAGGUGGAGGUUGAUCAAGAAAUGCGCGACGCUCAGAUCGGUCUGUUCCCGGUGGAGUACGACAAGAACUGCGCCAAGGCCAUGGUGCAGGCAGCGCAGCAAGGCGAGCGAUACCUCACCGUGCCGGCGUGGUUCAGGGCGAUGUAUCUGUGGCGGGUGUUCGCCCCGGAGGUCGUCGAGAUCUGCUACCGCCUCCUGUACAUGCACGGCCAUGGCGCCAGGCAGGCCGACACGGCGAGCAGGACGAUGGCCGAGUCUGGCGGCAAGCAGCUGCUGUACCCGACCUCUCUACGCUCUGAGGAGAUCAAGAGUGACUGA